GCUGGAUCAGGCGCACCGCCUUAGCUCUGCGUUGAUAGGCUGCUGGUUUUUCCAGAGAGGAGGAUCUCCGCAGCUUGGGGAGAAAGGGAACAAGGGCAACUGGGUGCACUUUGUCUUUAACAGGCUCCGGGCCAAAAAUCCGCGCUUGCAGGCUCGCAGGCAGCGGCGGCGUAACAAUAUCCCCACGUGACUGCCAUGAAAGCCUCUGUUCCAACCAGCCAGGCACCGAGGGAGGGAAAGAAACUUACAAGAGGUCGGAGAAGAGGCGCCGCUCGUCAUUUACGCACUAGAGAGAGAAGCCAAACCUCGGGGAUGUGAUACGAAAUUGACCAGAAAGGGCUGGAAAAGACGGAUUUGGCCACGCUUCUGCCCUUCCCUCUUUUCUCUCCACUUCUCCGCGGUUUCGCUUCGCUCUCCUGUCACUCUUAACUUCUUCCUCCUUCCUUCGAAGGCUCCCUUUCCCUCGCCGCCUCUGCCUUACUUUUGGAUGACUUUCUCCCCCACAACCCCAUCUCCCUCCCUUCUUCUCCCCGGCUGCAACUGCGCCCCGAUCUCCAAGGUUACGCCUCUCGCAGCAACAUGCCGGAGCAGAUCAGCGUCUCCGAGUUCGUGGCCGUGACUUCGGAAGAUCUCAGCUCGCCGGCGGCUUCCAGCUUCGCCUCCAAAUUGCAGAAGUGCCGGGGGGCCGUGGUGGCGCUGGAAGAGAGCCUGGAUGGAGACCAAGCCAUUCUCCAGCGGAUCAGGAAAUAUGUGAAAGCUAUUCAUGCUUCUGGGCUCACACAUGUGGAGAACGAGGAGCAGUACAGCGAAACUCUGGAGAACUUUGGCAACAACCACCUUUCACAGAACAAUCAUGAGCUUUCCACGGGAUUCUUGAAUCUGGCUGUCUUCACCAGGGAAGUGACGGCACUUUUCAAAAAUCUGGUGCAGAAUCUGAACAAUAUCGUCUCCUUUCCUCUGGACAGCUUGCUGAAAGGGCAACUUAAAGAUAGCCGGCUGGAUUCCAAGAAGCAGAUUGAAAAGGCCUGGAAGGAUUAUGAGACCAAAGUAGCAAAGAUGGAAAAGGAGAAGGAGCGAGCCAAGAUAUCUGGAGUCAUUCAGGCCGAACCAUCGGCUGCAGAAAUCGCCGAAGACCUGCAGAAGGAGCGCCGCACUUUCCAGCUUCAGAUGUGUGAGUAUCUUCUGAAAGCCAACGAAAGCCAAAUGAAGCAAGGACCAGACUUUCUGCAGAGCCUUAUCAAGUUCUAUCAUGCACAGCACAAUUUCUUCCAAGAUGGCUGGAAGGCAUCUCAGAACCUGUACCCAUUCAUUGAGAAGCUAGCAACGUCCUUACAUGCACUUCAUCAGGUGAAGGAAGAGGAGGUCAAGCAGCUCACUCGCAUCCGCGACUCCCUCCGAGGCAUCCUGCAGCUAGAGAACAAAGGGGAAAACCUUAGCAGGAAGAACUCCGGCAGUGGCUACAGCAUCCACCAGCACCAAGGGAACAAGCAAUAUGGGACUGAGAAGUCGGGCUUCCUGCACAAGAAAAGCGAUGGGAUUCGGAAAGUGUGGCAGAAGAGGAAGUGUGGCGUGAAGUACGGAUGCCUCACUAUUUCGCACAGCACGAUAAAUCGGCCUCCUGUCAAGUUAAAUCUGUUGACCUGCCAAGUGAGGCCUCAUCCAGAGGAUAAAAAGUCCUUUGACCUUGUGACACAUAACAGGACUUACCACUUCCAAGCAGAGGAUGAGCACGAAUGUAUUGUGUGGGUGUCGGUGCUCCAGAACAGCAAGGACGAAGCACUCAGCAACGCUUUCAAGGGGGACCCAGGGGGGUGCAUGUCUUCGGCCGGCAGCAUGGCAGAUGGGGGGCUGCAAGAGCUCACCAAACUCAUCAUUGGCGAGGUGAAGAACAUGCCAGGCAACAGGCAAUGCUGUGACUGCGGAGCCCCAGAUCCCACGUGGCUCUCCACCAACCUUGGCAUUCUGACAUGCAUCGAGUGUUCAGGGAUCCACCGUGAGUUGGGGGUGCACUACUCCCGAAUCCAGUCUUUGACCCUGGAUGUGCUCAGCACUUCUGAACUGCUGCUGGCAGUCAGCAUUGGCAAUGCCAAGUUUAAUGAAGUCAUGGAGGCCACUUUGCCAGUCCCCGUUAGCCCGAAACCCUCCUCAAGCAGCGAUAUGAAUGCCCGGAAGGAAUUCAUCAUGGCCAAGUACAUGGAGCGCAAGUACGUUCACAAAGCGGCCAGGGAUGAGCCUUGCCGCCUCUGGGAAGCAAUCCGGAGCAGGGAUCUCCUGGCUCUGCUUCAGGCCUUUGCAGAGGGCCACGACCUGUCCAAACCUCUAGCCAGCCCCGAAGGCCAGGAACCAGGUGAGCGGGCUUUGCAUCUGGCUGUGCGCUAUGCCAACAAGACCUCCCUCCCCCUGGUUGACUUCAUUAUACAGAACGGGGGAAAUCUGGACCGGCCCACUCCAGAUGGGAGCACAGCCCUGCAUUACGGGGCCCAGUACAAUCAGCCCAACUGCAUCAAGCUCCUGCUGAAGGGGAAAGCCUCUACAAAUGCAGUAAAUGCAGCUGGCGAAACACCUCUGGAUGUGGCGAAGAGGUACAAGCAUGCCGAGUGUGAAGACUUGCUGGAGCAAGCCCAGGCGGGGAAAUUGGCUUCCCAGAUACACUUGGACUACGACUGGGAAACCCCUCAGGAGUUUUCUUACGACAGUGAAGAUGAGCUGGACGAGAAGGUGAGCCCACUGCAGCGGUCUUUUGGGUCUUCAUCGUCUCCGACCACAGGCCAGCCUGCCCUCUUCCCUCCAAACAGGUGGAGUUGCACAGGUAUAGACAUCAGCAACAAGACCUACGAGACCAUCCUGGUCCCCUCACGGCCUGGCCUGCGAAGCUCAAAGAGUGAGGAGACCCCACCACCGCUGCCAGUCAAAAAUCCCACCAGAGGGAAUUCCAAGACAAAACCAGGGCAGAGUGCUUUGGACCCCUCAGAGUCCUUGCCUCAGUCGCCAGAUGUCCCUGAGGGGCGGCACUCGUCCACUUCCAGCGUUCCUGGAAUGCCAGAUGGGGGCACGUCCCGGCAGCCGUCGAACUUCCGCAAUUCUGUAGAAGUCAAAGGCACAGCCUACUGGGAAACCUGCUCUGAAAAGGAAAGUGGAUCCCUGCGCAGAAGAUCGGACCCCAGUCAGGCGACAGCGCUACAGCCUUCUCCUGGGACCUCUCCAGAACAAGGACAAGCCAACCCAGUCAAGUUCAGCUCUGAGAGCACCCGAUCCUAUCGGCGGAUCAGUAGUGGCUCUGUGGGCAAGCUGCCUGGCACCCCACUUUCCCCUCAGAGCUCUGGUUGCCCAGAAGAACUGCCUUCCUGCAAGUCUCCGAUGCUGGCCCAGACGCCUCCCCCUGUGCCGAUGCCAAGAAGGUUUGCCCCGGCUAAGGGACGGCCGAAGAGAGUCAUGGCCUUGGUUGACUGCAAGGGGGACAAGGCUCGGGAGCUGACUUUCUCCAAGGGUGAAGUGAUUGUGGUGACACGGGAAGAGGAUGAUCAAAGUUGGAUCGGUUUCAUUGAAGGCGAUGGCACAAGAACGGGAGUUUUCCCCUCCAGCUUUGUCCACCCGUUGCAAGACUGAUGGGACCAUUUUGUUCACGUUCCAGCUGCAGAGAGGAGUCUGCCUGAGCUGCUUUGCAGACCUAAGGCGGACUCGCCCCAUCUCCUUUGAGCCUGCUCUUCUCCAUAGGAUGCCAUCUGCGCAAUCACUUCCUUGAUCAUAUCCUUGGGAAGAAGCCACUGGCUUUGGCUUGGCUACUGUUUUCAUUGCUGUUGUUGAGCAGGACCAGGAGAAAGACCGGGAGCUCUGCCGAUGUUGCUUGGUUGACCUUUUCUGGCUUCUUUUUGUGGCCUCACGCAACUGAGGUAUCUUCUCGUUGGCUGUGGAGGCUCCAUCUCCAAGUCAUCUCUGCCUCCGUUUGAUUUUCUCGCUCGAGACCAAAUGUACACUUGGGUGGGAUGCAGACUCCUAGUGCAGUGUUUGGUUUUGUAGCAAUCUCGGCUUCUUUUACGACAGCCACGAGGGAUGAGCCCAGCUUCCAAGAGAAAUCUGAAAACAUGCAGCAAAUGCAUAUAUGCUGGAGACUUGGAAAACCAAGCCCAGGCCUUUGGCAGGGCUUCAGAGCUGCUGCACAUCCUGCUCCAGCCCCAUGAGGAUUCAUUUGACCAGUAGAGGUCAAAUACCCAACCCUCAUGGAUCCAUUUCUGCAUCUCUUCAUCCAGUGCAGAGUAUCUUCACAUCUGCUGCGUGCAGACGAUUCUGGGAGCCUUGGUUGGUCCCAGCUGGCCUAGUCAGUUGAGAGUGCCCUUUAGGGGAAGGGCUGCAGCUCAGUGGUAGAGCACCUGCUUUUCAUUCAUAAAGUCCCAGGUUCGAUUCCUGAUGGCAUCUCCAGGAGGGGAUGAAGAAGGCCCCUGCCCAAAGCCCUGGAGCGCUGCUGCCAAUCAGUGUCGACCGUGCUGAGCAAGAUGGGCCAGUGGUCUGACUUUGCAUAAAGCAGUUUCCUGUGUGGCUAUAUCUGUUAAGCACCAGGUGUGCGCUGCUGGAGAAGUUGGAUAAUGGUGUGCAAACUCCAGGGCUUGCCUCCACUAUUCACCUUUCAGGGACUGUGUUCUGCCAGGACAGCCACAGCUUUUCCACAUCUCAUGGAAGCCACUGCCUUCCAAAUGAAGAAGAUUGAUGAAGGGCAGAACUCAUGUCUGACAAAGCAAAGCUUUUCAAAGCGUUGGGCGCUAGUGGGAAGUGAGGGUAUCUGUAGCUCUUCAGGCUGCAAAAUGUCUUGGGGCCCAUAUUGACCAGCCUGUCUGCCAUUAUCACUCACAGAAUUACAGAAUCAUAGACUGUUUUAAGUCAGAAGGGAGCUCUGUCAAUUAGCAAUUAGUACAUGUCUCCUAUUAGCCAAAAUCUGUUUCCUUGUGACUUCCACUCUUUGGCUCUACUCUUGGAGCAACAGAGAACAAAUUGAUUUUCUACAUUAUGGAGCUCCUGAUAACUUCCUGUGGAAUCUGUGAGUUCUGUAGAGUAAUGUUUUGAAACCACUGCUGCUCUCACUUUGGAAGCUUUUCAGGCUGAAUCCAAACUUCUUGUUGUUUGGAUUUGGGCACCAGCCACCACUGGGAAGGCAGGGAGGCCAACAGUAGGCGGACCUAGAGCCAAGGGCAGAUGCAGACAAGUAAUUCUAGUUUUCUCCCUGUCCUGUUCCCUACUGAGUGGUACAGGGGCUAUGGAGGAGGCUGGGAGCCAGGACUGGUUGUCGUUAAGACGACAGGCCAGUGUGGGCUGGCUGAGAGCAGACUGAGGUUGGUAGGGCAGUACGCCAUAAGAUCCAGCCCAAUAUUUUUAAAACUGCUCAGCCAGUUUGGAAAGUGCCCUUGUCCCGUUUUUGAUUCUCUCCUGCCAAGCUAUGAGAAAACCAAUUCUGCAAGUCUGCAGAAUGGUUAAAUUUUGAACAAAAAGGAAAGCAGCUGUGGGAGUUGCCAAAUUGGCAGUUCUCCCCGACAAUGAAAUCCCUCCCCAAAUCCCACAAUUAGGUUUGCAACUGUUUUUAAAAUGUUACUUAAAAAAAAAAGAAUAAUUGUGAAUGUACCACUUCAGACGUUUUAAGAGGUGGAUGGCCCAUCAGAAAGAUGAGUAGAUGUCUGAACCCGUGGGGGUUGUCUUGCUGAUAGGUGUAUCUGCUGUGGAAAUAGCAAAUCCAGUUUGGCUCUCAUGGGUGAAGAACUCACUGUGACUGCCCUUUUAAAUACCACGUCCGUCCUCACCUUCAAAUGCUCCAAUCUGGUUUGACCAGUUUUAAAGAGAAGCAAUAUCACCAUACAUGCUCUGGCCCUUUCCCCAGGGUGUGAAAAGUUCAGGGCAAUCUUUAAACAGCUGGUUCUUUUCCGCAGUGAGCACCCUGCAGAUUUCUUUGCAAAGGAUGCAUGAAUAAUGUGGACGCAUCAGCCAGCGAAAGCUUUGCUGGUUCCAAAACGGAAUCAAACCAGGCCCCAGAUGUAAGAUGAUUUAAACAAGCAAAGUUGUUUUAAGCUGCUUUUUCAGCACCAAGAACAACCAGAGCUGAAUUUAUUAUUUUUGCUCAGCUACCAGCUGUAGAUGAGUAGCUUGGUGGGGAGAACAUCUGCUUUGCAUGCAGAAGGAGGUCUCCGUCCCUGGCAUCUCCAGGUACAGAUGGGAAAGAUUCCCUGCCUUAAACCCUGGAGAGCUGCUACCAGAUAAUAAACAAUCCAUCUAGCUUGGUUUUUAUCUGGCUCAGUGCAAGGCAGGCUUUUAUGUUCCUUUUAAGGAAAGCCUAGUACAUUGGGCAGAAAGUCUACCAGCAGAGUAAGUAUUGUUCUCUCAGCCAACCCCAGCAUACAUUCUCCAGGAAGAAGGGACAUGGGGACAAGGGGCAUUAUGCAGUUUGCUGUGUUCAUGUCUUUCUGCUUCGUUGUCUUGUGCCCGACAGUCCUGUGGAACUCACUGACACAGAAUAUGGUAAGGACUAAUAGGUCAACUAAGGCCUGUUUCAGUUUGUGGGGUUCCUGACCAAAUACAUGAAUGGAAUAACCAUUGAGGUGAUUGGAUGGGACAAACAGGAAACUCCCAUUUUCAUUCUCAAACCUGGAUUUAUGUGUGUAUUCUGUGCACAGAAUCUGGCUUCUGGCACAAAGUAUCACAGAUCUUCCUCUACUUCUUUAAAAGAUAGGAUUCUAAUUGUCUCAAAGACAA